AAGUGAAAAAUCAUAGAGAGAAAAAUGGUCUCCUCCAAACUCUCCUGGCUGAUCACGGUGGCAAUGACGGCGGCGCUACUGUUGGCAACCACCACGGAGGCCCAAACGACGUCGUGUGCUUCUAAACUAGUCCCAUGUGCACCUUAUCUCAACUCAACCAGCAAACCACCGGCUUCAUGUUGUGACCCACUUAGAGAAGCUGUGACCAAAGAUCUUCAAUGUCUCUGCAAACUUUACGAAAAUCCCACUUUGUUGCCUUCUCUUGGUAUUAAUGUUACUCAAAUUAUUGCACUUACCAAAAACUGUAACAUCCCUGGAGAUCUUACCGCUUGUAAAGCGGCUUCUCCAAGUUCAAGUUCUCCUUCUGAGAUAACGCCACCAGGUAACUGA